GGAUGAGGAAGGGCUCGAGCUGGGGGUCUCCAGUGAGACCAGGCUCAUGGUGGGACCAACUGCCAGCAGCAGGACCCUUCAAAAGCCACCCUGGAGCCCAGCAACCUGCAAGGUGGGGAUCAACCCCAGUCCUGGAUCAACCCCAGCAAAGCCUCUCGUGAAGAUGAAGAUGGCUCAGGAGGGCACCCAGCCAUAAGGAGGCAUGGAGGGUUGAGCACAAGGGUGCAGGGAGCCCAGGGCUGAGCCUCGUGUCUCUUCCCACCACCCUGGUGUGCCAACAUCCUCAGCUUGGGGCUGAGUUGAGGAAGAUCGGCGCACAGAGAGGAGACAUGAGCCAGAUUUAGGGUGUGGAACAGGUCCUGUCCUGCUCCCGGAACCGCAGACGCUCCCUGGAUGACGACCCCGGAGUAGGGGAUGGCGCUGGGCCACUGCUCUGAGCUCCACAUAUGCUGGCCAGUUGGCUUCUUCCAAGACCCACAUGGCCACCGCCGCUGUGGCGAUGGGUGUUGCACCCAUGGUGUAAAUCAGCAGCACUCCAGCGAAACGCCAUGGAGCAACAAGCUCCAUCCGUGCUACUGAUGGGGCAGGAAAGAGCCAAGGCCGGACAAGGUGACGCAGUUUCCUUCCCUGCCUGCCUGCAUCCUGGCCAGGAUGUGGACGCUGGACCCCGUGACAAGGACCAUCCUGUUGGGCCCAUCCAUAGGAAGGAGCUUGCUGACUUCGGGCAGCGUCGGGGCUGUGGAGCGAGGAGGGGACCCUGGAUAUCCAGCAGGCAGGCAGGAUUGGACCCUGGGAAAUUGUGGAUGCCCUUGACUGGGCUCGUGGGGGGCUUGGGCAGGUCCGGACCUGCUGAGGUGUUCCUGGAGCUGUGAAGCAAGAGGAGGGCUGGCCGGUGACUGCAGGCAGCGAUGGCAGAGUGCACGGAGCUGGAAUGGGCCGUUCAGGUCCUGGUGAACAACUUCGACAAGUACUCGAGUCGCCGCUGCUGCUGCAAGAAGCCGCGGCGCAUCAGCAAGAAGGAUUUCCGCAAGAUGCUGAGCUGUGAGCUCAACCACAUGCUGACGGACACCGGGAACCGGCGAGCAGCCGACAAGCUCAUCUGUGACCUGGAUGAGAACAAAGAUGGGCGCAUCAGCUUCGAGGAGUACUGGACCUUGAUAGGUGGCAUCGCCAGCCCCAUCGCCCAGAUCAUCCGCCAGCAAGAGCAGAGCAUCAAGCACACCAAGUAGAGCUGGGCUGCAUCCCGACCCUCCUUGCUCUCACAAAGCAUCCACCAGCAGGAGAAGAACAUCAAGCUCACCAUGUAGCCGGCUGCAUCCCAACCCUCCCUGGGCUCAGCCCCUGCUUCUCCACAGCUCCCUGCUUCUCACCUCUUGGUCCUGAGCCCGAGCCUGCCCCAAGGCACCCCGGUGUCCUGCAGCUUUGUUGACUGAGCUGAGCCAUGCCGGGAUGUGAUUGGGGCAGGCAGAGCCCGUGGGUGGGCGUUGAGGUGUGGGAGGCCAUCACAGCCAUGGUGGGGCUCCACACCACAUCACCCCUGCCCUCAUCCUGCCCCACAAGCCCUCUUCUCGCUGGGCAAGAAGCAAAGGGAAAGGCUCCUCCUCACCUAAGACAUGAAUUCUGCCUGUUCUCAGACCUCUGAGGCAGAAACCCCAUCAAAACUGGGACUCUCUUCUCCCCACAGAGUUUCCCCUUGAAGUCGGGGGUCUUCCUGGGAACAGCGUGCCUUUCCACCCCCCCAAACUGGUGAAGGGUCUGCCCUGCCUGUGCUGCCGGGUGCUCUGGUCCUUCGGGUCCCGUCCGAGCAGCACCACCGUGGUUAUUUAUUGCAGCA